AAUUCACCAAGACAUUUGUUUAGAGAUUACUUUCACAAUGGCCUCCCCUGGCUUAGAACUUCUGUUUAACAGCAUUAAGAGUCAAAUCAAGACAAGUCAGGAUGCUUUAAUAGCAGUUCUUCAUUGGGAGCUAAUAUCAAAGGGGUUUAAAUGUCUAGGAAAUGGAGAGGAGUCCUCAGAUACAUCAACAGAGCAAGAGCAAGGAUCUGAGAGCCUACCCACAGGAUGGAGUUCCUCCCCCAGCUUUUAUGCCAUGCGUUAUUCCUCAAAAGCUGAGAAAGAUGCUGUUUACAUUCUUAAAGUGAUCCAGAUUGAGGAUGAUUUUCUAGUUCAUUUCAUGAAGAAGGGAACAGAAGCAGUGGAGAGUUUAAAUGUGAGAACAGCUGACUACACAACUGGAAGUGUUGAAUCUUACGACAGGACAUACAAAAAUUUAGAUGAAUUGUGUGCCUUGUUUAAAUCAUCUAUUGUGGAUCCAGUACUAAAGCCCCAAAGUACUACUAGAAGUCAACCAAGUCAGGAAAGGAAUCGGGGUCAAAGGUCAAGGUUAGAGGAAGAGGAUCCUCUCCGAGUUCCUACAAGAAGACCACCAAUGCGUAACCCUGGUGGUUGGAAUGAACCAGAUGAUCCAUUUUCCAUUGGAAGAGGUGACCUUGAUCCGUUUGCUGCAGGACGAGGCGGAGGAAUGAUGUUUGACCCACUGAGGACUGGUAUACCGGGCAUGCGGCCUGACCCCAGCGCUGGACUCCCCAGCAGACUCCCACCGGGUGCUGUUCCCCCUGGAGCCAGAUUUGACCCCUUUGGACCCCCUGGAAUGAGGCCUGGGCCUGAUCCUGACCACAUGCCUCCCCCGGGCUAUGACGACAUGUUUAUGUAGGAUACCUGUAACAGAGUUGUCAUCGUGGAAACUUCAAACCAGGUGGAGAACAGUUAAAAAAUCUCAAUAGCUGUGUCGGGGUAUCCUCGUUUUCAUUUGAUAAACUGCCAACUAUCUUGUACAUGUAGCCAUGUGCAUGUAUGAAUAUUAAAGAUCAAGAAAAUUAUUUCUAAAAGCAACUUGCACCAACAUUAACUAUAUACAUGUGUAAUACUUUAAACCAAUGAACUGAAACAUUGUUAUAAGAGACUAUGAGGAUACUAAGUGUAAAAAAUUACAUUGUACUUUGAAUUCUUGAUCCAUAUAUUUCUGUGUCAUUAAUUAUACAUGUAUUUUCAAGUUGACCCGAUUUAAAAUCCAUUGCUAAUGACAUGUUUUAAAGAUUCUGUCUCUGUCAGUACUGCUCAUUGUGUACAUGUGUUAAGAUUCAAUGCAUGUAAAAUGGAUGAUCCUAAUACAAUUUCAGUAGUGUGUCAUAUAUCACCUUGUCACAGAAUACAACAUUAAUGGUGUUAUUGAAACCCUAUCUGUUGUUACCUAGAGGUGUUUUUCUUUUUUUCCAAUCAAAAUCAAUACCCCAUAAUGAACAUUGAUAUUUAGCCUAUGAAUUAUAGAGUGCUGUUUUAUUGUCAUCUAUUAUUAUCCCGAGAUUUCACAGGUAGAUUCGUAUCACCAGAUUAUAAAGAAAAAUCAAUUUUCCGCUGAUCAAGAUUUGGAUAAAGGGGAGUAGAAAAUAUCUGAGGGAUUCUUCUUUGUUUAAAAAACAAUGCUGGUUUAAUUAAAAUGCCAUUGAAAACAA